AGCAUCGAAGUUUUGCUUCUUCUGAAAUGAAUACGAAAAUAAGAUUCCAGAUCCAGGUGAACAUCCAACCUGAUAGAAUCUUUGAUCUAGCUAGUAAAAAAUUUAAGCUGAGAAAAUCAGAUCAGAUGGAAUUCGUAGAUGUGGCUAAAGAACUUGGUAGAAGCAUAGACUUAUCUCACUACUUUGAAAAUACUAUUACUAGACUUUGCGUCCAAUUUAUAAUGUGUGAUAAAAGACAUGAGCCCCCAUCUACUAACAAAAUUAUACAACUUACAGAUUUCGAUGAGAAGUAUAAACAAAUUGAUAUCUAUGCCCAAAAUAAGGCCAAGAAGUGGCUUGAGUCAUAUAUUAAGGAGAAAAAUGGAAUAGAUUCUAAAAUAAUAGCUAAUCGUGAGUAUGCCUAUAAACGUGCCUAUAAAAAGGCAGUCAAGACUGCACAAGCUAUAUUACAUCAGAAUAUAGGUAAUACCUACAAGAUAUUUCAUGGAGAAUGGCUAAACUUUGAAGACUUUAAGAUAAGUGACCCUGUUUUGAGAUUAUGGGAAAAAUUUAUAGAGUAUGUCAAAGCAUAUACUAAAAAUGAUAAUCUUUUGAUAGAUGAAGAGAUAAAAAAGUCCAUAUGUUCUGAUUUUACAAAACAUUUAAAUGUACUUAUCCCAAUUAUCGAAAAAUAUGAUGUUUUCUUUCAUAA